AUGGACAACACUGAAGUUGACCAGCCAUCGCCACCCCAGUCUGUACACGAUUCCGACGAGGAAUCGCUCGCGGAUCCGCAGCACGCAUCAACAGAGUGGAGGCAAUCGUGGGACAUGGAAGAUUUUAGUUCACAUAGGUCUGCAUUUGCAAGGAAGUCUUUGAGAGAAGCAGCCUUUCAAUCUAGUCCGUACCCCAUUAGUCGUAAUGCGAUCAAAGCUAUCCUGAAGAACGAGCACGUGGAGGCGGACGAAAAGAACCCGGAUGGCCGAACUGAUCUUUCGCUGGCCAUUGAGAAUGGCCAGUACAACCUCGUCGAAUUGCUGCUGGAAAAUGGAGCCAACCCUAAUGCUCGGGAAGAUCGAAACCGUACCCCAUUCUUUUGGGCCACUACGCGAAGCAUAUGCGGCACUACGCAAGACAUAUAUGCCCCCGGUCAUUAUAAUGACACGAUUGAAUUACUCCUGCAGUUCGGGGCAGAUCCAAAUUUAACAGACGACGAAGGGAACACCCCGCUGGCUUUGGCUGCUGCUAUUGGAAAUGAAGAAUUCGUGAAGCUGGUCGUUGAGUCUGGUCGUGCCAAAAUCAACGCGCAGGGCGAUGAGGAAAAAACUCCACUGAUGUGUGCAGCAACUGGAGGAUGGCCAAAUUUUGUCCUUGGUGGGAACGAUUACCUUCAGACCAGGUCGUCACGAACAGAGAAGGAGCCGCACCCGUUUCAAUUCUCGAAGUCUGGCUUCAAAGAUUAUACUGGGCUGCCAAAUCUAAUAUUUAAGCUGGAAAGACAUUUUCUUUGGAAUAAGGUACUCCCGGAAGGGCGCACGUUUCUCUCGUGGGCUGUUGAAUUGGAAGACGAAGAAAUUGUUAGACAACUUCUGGAUUCGGGAGCGGACCCCAACAUUCGUGACAAGAUGGAACAUCAGAUGACCCCCUUGAUAAAGGCAUUGAAGCUUGGCAACAUGGACAUGGUGGAACUGCUCAAGGAGAAAGACAAAUCUUCGAUGCAUAUUUUGGUGGACGAAGCUGAUGAUAUAGGUGAAGAGCAAGCCUUGGACCUCGCACGCAAGCUUCUAGGACAAGGGUACGAUCUCAACAAGCGGGAUUUGAAAGGUCAGAAUCCCGUCCACAUUGCAUGUCAUAAGGGGAGAACACGCCUUCUUGAGGAAUUUCUACAUCCGAAAUAUGGAGAACAAAACGCCUUCGUUCAUGGGCAGGACAAUAGCGGGAAAACGCCCUUGCAGUAUGCAAUCGAUAACGAGGACAUUGUCAAGCUUCUGAUCGAACACGGCGCAGACCUCAGUGAUGUGCAAGCUGCAAGCCUGUUCAAGAUCAGAGAACCAAAGCCGCUCUGCGUCCAACUGACUCGCAAUCCUCGGGCCAAUUACCGAACUCUUCUUCUGAUCAGUGACUAUGAUGAAGCACGAGAGCUGUGGAACCCGCAGCCUGGACAGAUCAAAUUACGGUGA